GUCAACCCGCCCCCGCCCCAGUCUCGGCGCUCGGCGGCCACCAGGCACUAGGAGCAGUGCGGGCGGCGGUGCGAAGGCCCUAGCCAUGUCUGCGGCCGUGAGGGAGAGGUUCGACCGGUUUCUGAAGGAGAAGAACUGCAUGACCGACCUUUUGGCCAAGCUCGAGGCCAAGACCGGCGUGAACCGGAGAUACAUCGCGCUCGGUGUCAUCGGGCUGGUGGCUUUGUAUCUGAUGUUCGGUUAUGGAGCUUCUCUCCUCUGCAACUUGAUAGGAUUUGGCUACCCAGCCUACGUCUCAAUUAAAGCCAUAGAGAGUCCCAACAAAGAAGAUGAUACCCAGUGGCUGACCUACUGGGUGGUGUAUGGUGUGUUCAGCAUUGCUGAAUUCUUCUCUGACCUCUUCCUGUCAUGGGUCCCCUUCUACUACAUGCUGAAGUGUGGCUUCCUGUUGUGGUGCAUGGCCCCGAGCCCUUCGAACGGGGCGGAACUGCUGUACAAGCGUGUCAUCCAUCCUUUCUUCCUGAAGCAUGAGUCCCAGGUGGACACUAUGGUGAAUGACUUGAAGGACAAAGCCAAAGAGACCGUAGAUACCAUCACUAAAGAAGCCAAGAAAGCAGCAGUGAAUUUACUCGGUGAAGAAAAAAAGAGCACCUAAACCCCUGACUGGAUGAGACCUUUCUGCCCUCUCUGUACCUUCCUAUUAGCGCUUGAUGUCAUAUUAGGGACUGUGGUAUAAUCAUUUUAAUAAUGUUGCCUUGAAACAUUUUUGAUAUAUUAAAAAAAGGAAUGUGUUUUUUUUUUCUUUGCUUUUACUGUCUAUAUACAUAGGGGGCAUUUAAAUUUAAUGCAAUGGGCAGCGUCCAAAUUUUUAGAAAAUAUAUUUUGCCUCUGGGUAGGAAAAGAUGUAUGUUAUCAGCCUGCAGGAAAUAGAAACUUGAAAUUCUAUAUCCCACAGGCUUUGUACUUCAACAGCCUCUCUCUGCAUGCAUUUUCUCUGUACUUCUAUUUUAGGAUACCCUUUAAGAUUCUACUUCAGGUUAUGUACAAUUUUGUACUAAAUGUUUUUAAUGUAUUUGUGCAUACAUACGUGUAGGGAAAUGUUACUGUCUGACUGUGACAUGUUUAAUGCUCAUAGGGAGCGCCUGCCAAAAGCUGGUUUCCAGUGGGCUGGUGUGAUGUGUUAAGUAAUACUUCAGAAAGUUAAAAAAAAAACAAAUACUGAUAUAUCCAAUGAAUAGUUAGGUGACAAAUGAGGUUGGGUAGGGGCUGGCCUGGUGGUUUUCACUGUAGCAGCUGAAUACCAGAAUAGCUGUGUAAAGCAGUCACUUUGGUGAUAGAUGGGGAAACGUACACACACACACGAGUAAUACACAGCUCCCAACUCCCUCUAGAACUAGUAAUAAUGUCUUAUGGCCUUAAAAAAUAUGAUUACAAACUUUAGAUUUGUCUGUUUUUAAGAUGCUAUAAUGGAAACCAUCUAUGAUUUCUCCUUCAAAGCUGAUUAACAUGUUGGUUUGUUUUCUUUCCUAGUCUUUUUUUUUUUUUUUUAACUAGCCUAAGGAACCUCUAGACUUUCCCAUCUCCGAUUACAUUAUGUUCUUGUUUAUAUGAUUAGCAGCUACAUGCUAAUGAUGACACCAGGCUCUGAGAGCAAGGCUGGGAGAAUGAAAGGAUGAUAUAACCUAUAAUCCAGUUGGCAGUGAAGUCAAGCUGCUUUCACCUUCUUUCUCUGGCCUUUAAGGUCUAAUGCAAGAGGCCUCCCUAGUUUACAAGUCAGAAUAAUUUGUGGUCCAUUUAAAUGCCUUCAUCUUUAUACUCUGUUUUGAUAAACUGCAGGUAACUACAUAGUUUACGUACAGAACAAAAAGUUAACAUAGCUUUCCAGUUUGAUCAGCCAGCUUAUAGGAACUUUAACUCGUUUGACUAGAAAAACCAACCAUCCUUCUGAGUUAGACGACACUGACCAAACAAACCAAGUAUACCAAAACUAACAAGUUUGUUUUUCCCAUCUGUAAAAUACUUUUUAAGACAAAAAGGAGAUGAUUAGUUCUCCUUUGGAUAAUGGGUAAGAUCAUAAUGAAAUCUCAUGAUGUAAAAAAUAUCAGAUACCAAAAUUAGGGACAAUAUCACCUAAAUAUUGUAAUAUGGAUCAGGGUAUUUAUAUUUUUCUGGCAAGACAGUGGUAAUCAUAAGGCAUCUUAUUAAACUUACCUUAAAGGGGGAAAAAACCUUAGAAAACAAGCAAUUAAUUAUUGGGAGAAAAUCAAGCCUUGAUUUUAAAACAGUUCCUCCAGGAGUACUUAAAUUCCUUUCCCCAUAAUAAAGUACACUUUUCUUGGUGGCAGAAGAAUGAAAAGCAGUAACUUCUAGCAUACAGAAUAUAUAAUCAGGUCGUCAGCAUGUAGAAUAUUAACUUUCAGUAAUAUAAAAUAUCAGGCAAGAGCGGGUAGCAUAAAAGUUACUAUUGCUCAUAACAACUUACAAGCUGAUACCAGUUUAAAAACUGCUAGAGUAAGAAAAUAUAUUCUAAAUGCAAUUAUUUUGUUCUUACAGCUUCUUCCUGCAGUGCAUUCUGUAAGAAAUUUAUGUUACUCUUUUUGGCAGUGAAAGUGUACAUAUUAAUGACAGAAGUUAAUGAGUUGAGCAAUUGUGUCUGUUUAGAUUUCCCAAAUAACAUAUCACCAUGGCUAGAGUAUCUGAAGAAUUGAAAAAUUAACUGAGCCUGUGUCUAGUUAGAAAACAAGCAUUUAUAUAUACAUGAAUGGUGUUUCAGGGGUAAAAAUCAAACAAUCUCCCCAACAGUUCUUCCCUUAUUUGAAAGCUUUCAGAUCAACAGUUAUUGCUACUCUGGGAGAGUUUUCUAUCCAUAGCCUGAAGAAAAUGAGCAUAGCCUUUCAAUAAGUUAUCACCCAUCCUGAAGAUGUGAUAUAUUAAAUGGAAAUGGAUGUAAAUAAAAUUCUGUUAUCUCACUGUUAUGCUUCAUUUUAUUUUCUGGGUCUUUAAAAAAAAUCUAGAAUCAUUUAAGCAAUAUCUGAAGUAAAUAAAGGUAAAUGAACCUUAAACACUGCUUUUUAUUAACCUCAUUCUUCACCUGGCCUAUAAUCUUCCCCUGGUGGUUACUUUGUGUCAGAGGAAAAACCCCCCAAGGAAAACAACCCUGAAACGCUUCUAGCAAUUAGCACUAGAUUUAAAGGAAACCUAAGCUGCUUUCUACCACAUAUUGUGUUACACACAGGCUCCUAGAAGUUGGUUGCCUGUUAAGUAUAUUUUCUUGCAUGUGCCUGCAAAUUACUCUGUACUUAAGGAGAGACCGAGUAAUGAGGAACUUGAGAAUUUUAUUUAAAAUGUCUGCUUCUGGAGGCAUGCUUCGGUCAACUUUGUCUUCUACCACUGCUUUUACAUUUCUGUAUAUCUAGAAUCAUGAUGUCUAGAGUAAGAGUUCACAUCCUUAGCCAUCAGAUAUUAAGUUCUAUGUAGUACAAUAGGAAAUGUUUGAGAAUGACCUUAAUUAAAUCUUUUCUGGCUCUUUA